AUGCCACCACUCAUACCACUUGACCCCUUUCCUUCGUUCCAUUCACCUGUGCAGUUGACCACAAAACAUGUUCGUAACUCGCCUUUUAACGAGGUUGGCCAUUUGGCUGUCGCUUGCUGUCAAGUUGAACGCCUUGCCUGCACGAAUUCUAAUGACAUUCAGCCCUCUUCUGCAGCAGUCGAAUCCACUGCCGACCUGCUCGACAAUCCCGCAGCAGUGCCAGCUGCUACAACAGAUACAUCGGCUUUCCAAACUACUCCAGUCUCUCCCAGUUCCGUUGCUGUUACAUUCCAUUUGGCGCACCAUUCCCUGAAUUCUGAUAUAUGUAUCUCUCGAACGAAAUCCUGCAACUUUGAGCCGGAUGUAUUCCAGUCACAGCGGAAACCCGACAACUCCCUUAUCAAUUCGGUAGCUUCGGCUGUUUCUUUACCCUGCCAAACGGCUCCCACCACCGUGAGUUGUCGAGCAAAUACUUCGGUCCAAACCGAUGACACUUUCCUGUUUGAUACAUCCAGCUUCCCCAGUGAGGCAUCUAUAUUAAAUACUUCACCGAUUAAACUAAAUCCCUCUGUUUCCGGCUCUUACACUCCCAAUUCCGCUCUCACGACGGCAACUCUAGAUGGUUUGCAGCGUCAAACUGUUAUCCUGGCCCGUGAACUUUCCAUUCAACAAAGCACCGUGGCGAGAUUGCAGGAGAUGGGAUUGAGGUCUCGAGAGAUUAUUUUGGAAUUACUGGUGGAAAAGAGCGUCUUGGAAAAGAAAGCCACCAGGAAGAAGGUCACGGAGAAUCGACUCAGAUUGGGGCAUUUUGUCGUCCGGCGGCAGGGGGCGAAUACUGAAGAGAAGUGGGUCGAAGGUUCACGGUUCAAAGAAUUGGAUCAGCUUAGAAAGAACAUUGAAGUAGAAAGAGAAGAAAUUGAGAGGUGUAGGAAGCAGUGGUACAAACGAAAGCCCCUGGCCGGAGAGGGAAAAAAGCAUUCAAAGUCGAGGAGUGAUGAGGUCUCUGUGGACGAGUUUUACCAGCAGUUAGAGCUUUUCGAUUUACGGAAGCAAAUGUUGUCGAAAGAGGAGAAGGAAAUUCAAAUGGACUUUGAGCGGUUGGAGCGGGAAAGGUUGUUACAUGUGCGAGAAAUGAAACGCAUCAUUAAUGAGGAGGCUUCUCGAUUCAGCGACCAUCCGCUCUUACACGACCGUUAUCUGUUUCUAAAUCUGCUCGGUAAGGGCGGAUUUUCUGAGGUCCAUAAAGGCUACGACCUUGUCGAAAACCGGUAUGUCGCAUGUAAAGUUCAUCAACUCCAUACCGCUUGGUCAACAGACAAGAAAGAAAACUACAUGAAACACGUUGCACGGGAAAUCAACAUUCAUAAAACUCUCGAGCACCCAAGAAUCGUGAAAGUGUAUGACGUAUUUGACAUUGGCCAAGAAUCCUUCUGUACCGUGUUGGAGUACAUCGAAGGCAAUGAUCUCGACUUUUUCCUCAAGCAGAACAAGUGUAUUCCUGAACGCGAGGCCAAAAGUCUCAUCUGCCAGGUUGUCUCUGCGUUGAGAUAUCUGAACGAGAUAAAGCCUCCAGUGAUUCAUUAUGAUUUGAAACCAGGCAACAUUCUACUGGUCUCUGGCCAGGUCCCCGGGGAGAUCAAAAUUACCGAUUUCGGUCUGAGCAAAAUAAUGACCGAAGAUGAAUAUAAUCCGGAAACCGGCAUGGAUCUCACUUCGCAAGGAGCGGGCACCUAUUGGUAUUUGCCACCGGAAUGCUUUGAAGUCGGACUUAAACCACCGAAAAUCUCCUCCAAGGUGGACGUUUGGUCUGUUGGUGUGCUGUUCUUCCAAUGCUUAUUUGGAGAGAAGCCCUUCGGCAACAACCUAUCUCAGUCGGAUAUUCUACAAGAACACACCAUUUUGCGUGCUCGGAACAUCAAUUUUCCGUCUACUAUUAAGGUCAGCGAUGGCGCUAAAGAGUUCAUUCGAAAGUGUUGCACAUACGAAAAAGAUUUGCGCCCUGAUGUUUUUCAAAUUUGCAACGACGACUACCUGAAGCCUAAGGCUCAACUGAGGGCCAAACAUGAAACGGACUGUCAGAUAGCCGAAAGUACUUAACCCCUCCUGCAACAAAACUUGAGUAAACGUCACAAUUAUUAUUCAACAUGAAUAAAAACAUCACACUCCACUUGAAGUGCAAUAGGGUGACUUCACUUAAAUCUUCUCCACGGUGUUCAAGUUAACAAAUACCGACGACCGAUGACCCUCACCCUCAGUUGGGAAUUCGCAGUUACUUUUGUGUAAAGAUGCAUUCUUAUGCACCGAUACGAUUUGACAGAUUUCCCUUGCUUUUACAUUUAUGUACUGGCACUCGACAUUGUACGGCUGAUUGCCCCCGCCCAUUGACUGUAAAUUUUGUACAUUCGUGACAUUUUUGUCACCUUUCAUUGCAACUGGGCUGUAUUGAACUUGCAAAGCAACGCACCUGCCAAAUCACAGAUGUAAAUUUGAUACUGUUACCUACUAACGGAAUUCGUUU